AUGCGACUCCAAAAAGUCACCUCCCUCCCGCCGCAAGCGGAGCGAGUCUGGCAAGUCGCAAUUCAUCCAACCCUCCCCCUCGUGGCCACCGCCUCGUCCGACAAAACUGCCCGUGUAAUCUCACUACAAACCUACAACUCUCUCUCAACAAUUGAAGGUGGACACAAGCGCUCUAUCCGGAGUGUCGCCUGGAAACCCGGCCUUACGGGCGAAUCCGUUCUCUGCACUGGCUCCUUCGACGCAACGAUCGGUAUCUGGCGGCGGUAUGAACAUGACCUAGACGCUGGCAAUGGUCAAGGAGGAGAUGAGGAAGAGGAGGAAUGGAGAUUUGCUCUUGUAUUGGACGGUCACGAGAGUGAGGUUAAGAGUGUCGCCUGGAGUGCCGGUGGAAAUUUCCUGGCUACUUGUAGCCGUGACAAGACUGUCUGGAUUUGGGAGGAGAUUGACGAGGAUAACUUUGAGACGUUGGAGGUUAUGCAGGAGCAUACCCAAGAUGUCAAAUGUGUGACUUGGCAUCCUGAGGAAGUCCUGCUUGCGUCUUCUUCCUAUGACAAUACUAUUAGACUAUAUCGGGAAGGUUCUGAAGACUGGGUUUGCUGUUCGCUAUUGGAGGGCCAUAUAGCUACCGUUUGGACUGUCGAGUUUGAAAAGCCUUCAUCUCCGAGAUAUCGCGAAGAGUGGGGCUCCCGGCUUGCUAGUUGUUCGGACGACCUAUCAAUAAAGGUUUGGACUCGGAUAUCGAGAUCUGGUUCCGCGGCCGAAGCAAAGAAAGCCCCACCGAGUAUUCUACGUGGAGAGUCGAUCGAAGAGAAUUGGGCCGAGACCUCUACGCUUCCUCAGGUUCAUACACGAGCGGUAUACAAGAUUUCCUGGAGUUCAAAGAGUGGAAGGAUAGUGAGUUGUGGUAGCGACGGAAGGAUAGUUGUUUACGAGGAGAUAUCCACCGUUGAUACUGAAAUGGUCGAGAGUGAUGAGAGGAAGCCACCAAAGACAGAGUGGAAGGUAGUGGCGGAGGUUGGAGGCGCUCACGGCGUAUUCGAGGUCAACUGCGUGCAAUGGAGUAAACGGUGGGACAAAGACACAAAAGGCGAGAACGACGAAGUUAUCGUCAGCUGUGGAGAUGAUGGGGUCGUGAGUAUUUGGGAGUUGGCAAAUACAUAAGUUUCUUGUCUAAAGGUUCUGAUAGAUUAUAAACAUAAUUUUGUCAAACUGAGUAUUGUUACUACCGG